AUGAAGUGUCAAUUCACAAGUGAGCCUUCCUCCAUUCAGUCCUUUCUGAUCUUGGCUUCCAGCCUUAGCCAGGACUUGACUCGAUCCCUUAUCCGCAGGGACUUCGCGUACGUGGCCCGCGACCGCGCGACGCGUAAGCACAUGUGUCACGUGUUUCGUUGCGAGGCGCCUGCGCGUAGCAUCGCCAACGCGCUACGGGACAUAUGCAAGCGGAUCAUGAUCGAGCGUUCGCUGCAGCCUCCACCUAGGCCCACGGAUUUGCCGGCUGCGAGGCGCCCCAGGCCUUUAGCAGGCGCGUCCUUCCCCACGCCGAUGGAAGAACCGCGCAAGACAGUGCGCGCGCGUUACUUAGGCAGCGCGGAGGUGCCUCGUGCGACCGGCAUGGACGUGCUAAAUGACGCGCUCGAGCGUCUGGCCGCAGCGCGCGCGCCGUCAGCUUGGCGCCCUGUGGCUGUGGCCGUGGCGCCUUCUAUGAUCACCAUCACUGAGGAGGGGGAGAGCAGCCCACUAGUGGAGUGCCGCGUGCGCUACUUGUCGUUCCUGGGCAUCGGGCGCGACGUGCGGCGCUGUGCGUUCAUCGUGCACACCGCGCAGGACCUCUUUGUCGCGCACGCCUUCCACGCCGAGCCGUCUUCCGGCGCGCUGUGCAAGACUAUUGAGGCUGCUUGCAAGCUCCGCUACCAGAAGUGCUUGGACGCCCACGGCGGCGCAGCAUCGCUGGCCAGCGGCGGCAGCGGCAGCAGCAGCGACCCCGGCCGCGCCUCGCUCGGGCAGGCGCUCAAGUCGCUCGUGGGCUCGCUCACCGGCCGCCGCGCCUCGUGAGCGAGCGAGCACUCACCCAGCAGCCCCUCCCCGGGGCCCUCGCCGCCUCGCAGCGCGGGCCCGGGCGCCGCCAACCAACACGAAUACGACAACCUCUUCGAAUCCUUCCAGAACCGGGAGUGAACUUGAGCUAGGCCAUGGCUGCGCCUUGACGAAAACCAACCCAAUCGCUACCGUUUCAAGAUUCAAUUUCGAAUGCUCUACUGACUUUUAGUGUGACAAUUGAACGUGAAACGGUACCGUUUAAGUUUUCUACCAAGUUCCAGGUGUUGUUCCAUGCGCUGCUGCUGGUGAGAGCUCCUUAAUAAAACGGACAUUUACGUGCUAAGUUCUGACGCUAGCGGGUGGAGAUAUUUAUAUUUAGGUCGUUUCAUUACAGCUGGCACGAAUGUCAUGUGAAAUGAUUUCAAAAAGAGAAUAUUCGUACCAGCUUUGCUAACACUUAUUACGAUGUCUUCUAAUACUAGUUAAUCGUACCCAUUUGUAGAGGGCGCUAAGAUGGAUGCGCCUGUACCCGCUAGUAUAUGGACGCACAAAAAUAUAGGCGCCUUGAACUAGUCCAUUUAUGAUUAUGUGGCAUAUAGCAAUCUCGUGGCGUUUGUUGACUAUCUAAUUAAUUGACAAUACUGUUGUGUUUAUCAUAUUAUUAAGUGGAUA